AUGGUUGAGAUCACAAUCAGAAGUUUGACAGGGCGCAGCAUUCCAGUAGAAAUCGAUUUGCAACAGCGUGUGAGCGAUUUGAAGGAGGUUGUCGAAGUGAAGGAAGGUAUCCCACCAGCACAACAACGGUUCUUGUUCACCGGGAGACAGUUAGAUGAUGACAAGACACUUGCUGAAUGUGGAGUAGCCAAUGGCAGCGAUUUACAUUUGGUGUUGUCCCUUAGGGGAGGUAUGCUUUGA